GUCUCUGAAGGAGCAGUGCAGAAAGUAGUGUGUCUGCAUCACGUUAACAACCUGUUCCCCGAGCCUUCUCCUCCGGUACCGGAGAAACAGAAAGUGAUAAUAACGGUGGCGCGCGUUGCUUCAGAUUCAGUCUUCAACGUGAACAUGAGAGGGGUCGCUAUGGAACACAAGAGUAUUUUAUGGAUGCUUUCUUCAAGGAAUUAUCCUGUUUCGUCGUGCUGACGGUUCGCGGUAUUUUCUCAGCUGUUUAAUCCGACUUUCUCCCCAGGCUUCAGGAGGAGCCUCUUGUAGCAUGGAGCUCGCGCGCUGACGCCAGCAGCACCUCGCGAGCACCGGGCAGGUACGCGGUAGGACCUAUGGGUAGGACAUGAUGCAUCAUGGAAUCUGAGCAGCUGCACUUUAAGCAACAAUUCCGUGAGUGAGGUCAUGGGCAGCAGCAGAGACUGAGUGAGGGUCGUUGUUUCCCGUUAAUGUGUGACUUUGGUGCACGUGGUACCCGCAGCUAGAGGACCGGGGGGACGGGGCGCUGUGAUGCGCCAUCUCAUCCCGGGGGUCCGUUUUGGUUUCUCGAGCAACACCUGCUCCCUCCCACCAUGGCUCGCUUUGAAGAGGACCUGGCCGGCCGCUACGGAGGCUGCGGCCCCGCGGGCCCGACCAGAGGGGUCAGCCGGCUGCCGGGGGUCCCGAGGGUGUACAAGCAGACGAUGGCCCAGAGAGCCCGGACAAUGGCGAUCUACAACCCCAUCCCCGUCAAACAGAGCUGCCUCGCCGUUAACCGCUCUCUGUUCAUCUUCAGUGAGGAUAACAUCAUACGGAAAUAUGCCAAAAAGAUCACCGAAUGGCCUCCAUUUGAGUACAUGAUCCUGGCCACCAUUAUAGCAAACUGCAUCGUGCUGGCCCUGGAGCAGCACCUGCCGGCCUCAGACAAAACCCCCAUGUCCGAGCGCUUGGAUGACACAGAGCCCUACUUUAUUGGAAUAUUUUGUUUUGAGGCUGGCAUCAAGAUCAUCGCUCUGGGCUUUGCCUUUCACAAAGGAUCCUACCUGCGUAGCGGCUGGAAUGCAAUGGACUUUGUGGUGGUCCUAACAGGGAUCCUGGCCACUGUGGGGGCAGACUUUGAUCUGAGAACACUAAGAGCGGUGAGAGUACUGCGGCCCCUCAAACUAGUAUCCGGCAUUCCAAGUCUGCAGGUGGUACUGAAGUCCAUAAUGAAGGCCAUGGUACCUCUGCUGCAGAUCGGCUUGCUGCUCUUCUUCGCAAUCCUCAUGUUCGCCAUCAUCGGCCUCGACUUCUACAUGGGAAAGUUCCAUCGCACCUGCUUCAGGAUAGACACCGACGAACAGGUGGCAGAUUUCCCCUGCGGCCUGGAGGCUCCGGCCAGGACCUGCGAGAACGGCACCAUCUGCAAGGAGUACUGGACGGGACCCAACUACGGCAUCACUAACUUCGACAACAUCCUCUUCGCUAUUCUCACUGUGUUCCAGUGCAUCACCAUGGAGGGAUGGGUAGAGAUCCUCUACAACGCCAACGAUGCCUCGGGGAACACGUGGAACUGGCUGUACUUCAUCCCCCUCAUCAUCAUCGGAUCCUUCUUCAUGCUCAACCUGGUGUUAGGUGUGCUUUCAGGGGAGUUUGCCAAGGAGAGAGAGCGGGUGGAGAAGAGGCAGGAGUUCCUGAAGCUCCGCAGACAGCAGCAGAUAGAGAGAGAGUUAACCGGGUACCUGAAGUGGAUCUGCAAAGCUGAGGAGGUGAUGCUGGCUGAGGAAGACAAGCAUGCAGAAGAGAAAUCUCUGGAUGGAGCGUGGUACAAAAGGAAACAAACCAACUCUGUGCUCAAAAGAACCAAGAAGAGUAAGAAUGAUCUCAUCAACGCUGAAGAGGGCGAGGACCACUUCACUGACAUCCCAUCUGUUGCCCCCCCAGGGUCUCCGUUCGCCCGGGCCAGCUUGAAGAGCAAGAACGAGAACUCAUUGUACUUUAGGAGGAAGGAGAAGAGGCUCCGCUUCACUAUCCGCCACCUGGUGAAGUCCCAGAGCUUCUACUGGACCGUGCUGUGUCUGGUGGGCCUCAACACGCUGUGUGUGGCCAUCGUUCACUACGACCAGCCGGUGUGGCUCACCUUCGCUCUGUACCUGGCCGAGUUUGUAUUCCUGGGCCUGUUCCUGGCAGAGAUGUCCAUGAAAAUGUACGGCCUGGGACCCCAGAACUACUUCCACUCCUCAUUCAACUGCUUUGACUUUGGGGUGAUUAUCGGCAGCAUUUUUGAGGUCAUCUGGGCGGCCAUCAAACCCGGCGCGUCGUUUGGGAUCAGUGUGCUGCGAGCUCUGAGGCUGCUCAGGAUCUUCAAAGUCACCAAGUACUGGAAUUCUUUGAGGAACCUGGUGGUAUCCCUUCUCAACUCCAUGAAGUCCAUCAUCAGCCUGUUGUUCCUCCUCUUCCUCUUCAUCGUGGUGUUCGCUCUGCUGGGCAUGCAGCUGUUUGGUGGACAAUUUAAUUUUGAAGAUGAAACACCGACAACAAACUUUGACACAUUCCCAGCAGCCAUUCUCACCGUGUUCCAGAUCCUCACUGGGGAGGACUGGAACGCAGUCAUGUACCAUGGGAUCGAAUCCCAGGGGGGCGUUAAAGGGGGGAUGUUCACCUCCAUUUAUUUCAUCAUUCUCACUCUCUUUGGAAACUACACGCUGCUCAACGUUUUCUUGGCCAUCGCUGUGGAUAACCUGGCCAAUGCCCAGGAGCUCACUAAGGAUGAAGAGGAGCAAGAGGAGGCCAUCAAUAAGAAGCUCGCACUCCAGAAAACAAAGGAGGGGAAGGAGGUCAGCCCCAUGUCAUCCACCAACAUCUCCAUCACAGCUUUUCUAACACGCAGUCGAGGUAACGCGCACUCUAGCAGCUCAUCCAUCUGCAGCGUUAACUCACUUAAGGAGCAGCAGAAGUCACUGAAGACUAUGUCAGUGUGGGAGCAGAGGGCCAACCAGCUGAGGAGGCAGAACCAGGCCAGCUGCGAGGCGCUCUACAGCGAGCUGGAGCUGGAGGAUCGCCUCCACAUCCGGCCCGACAUGAAGACCCACCUGGACCGGCCCCUGGUUGUUGAGCCUCUGGACGGGCCAUGUCCUGCCGGCCACCAGCACCACCAUCACAAUGCCUGCAUGCCAGAGGAGGCAGAGGCUGCCACUGACCCCCCCCCUCCUGCUCCUCUCCAGCCCCGCCGCCACAACCGCCACAGGGACCGGGCCAGAACCAGGGAGGAGGCUAACGAAAACGGGGGCACCAAUAAGGACCGGGGGCACCACGUCCAUCACAGCCGGUUUAAAAAGCCCGGCGACAGCCAGGGCAAAGAGGCAAAGAGCGAGAGGUCCCGCAGCCGAGAGGGGGGCAGGAGGCAUCACCUUCAGAGCUCAGUGGAUGACAGCGGUGGGGGAGGAGUCACGAGUGAGAGAGUGCAUCGGCAUCAUCAUUCACACCGGCAGACCCGGGGGGGCAACAGAACAGUGAACAGUGGGGAGAAGGGAGAGCGAAGAUCCUGCCCCAAAGAUGGACGUUCAUCCAACAGGGAGGGGGAGAGGAACUCCAGAGGAGUCAGUGGUGCCAAUGGAGAGAGGAGGAGGCGUCGCACUCAAGGGUCCAGGGGCCAAUCCACAGCUGAAGGGGAGGAGUCCAACGAGAAGGAGAAGACCCACAGUCACAGGUUUGCUGACUCAGAGGGGGAGUCCCUCCCUCUCUCCCCCCAGCAGGGCUCUGGGGGGACUGACUGGCCGAGCGACCGACCAGAGGAAUCAGACAACCAGAGGAACGUCAGAAGAACCUGCCAAUCCUCCAUCCAUGUUCCUCCUGUGACUAUCACCUCCCCCCCUGGAGACACCACCCUCAUACAGAUGAACAGUAUGGACUGUGAGACCAUGCCCAUGACUGAUAAGACCCUGGCGGAGCUGGGUCCAAGUGGACCCAAACCCAUCCUGCCUUACAGUUCUAUGUUCAUCUUUGGACAGACCAACCCGGUGAGGCGGUUAUGUCACUACAUCGUGACUCUGCGAUAUUUUGAGAUGAGCAUCCUGGUUGUGAUUUCUAUGAGCAGUAUCGCUCUGGCAGCAGAGGACCCGGUCUGGACCAACGCCCCGCGCAACAAUGUGCUCAAAUAUCUGGACUAUGCUUUCACUGGGGUUUUCACUUUUGAAAUGGUGAUCAAGAUGGUGGACCUUGGCCUGUUGCUUCAUCCUGGAGCCUACUUCAGGGACCUGUGGAACAUUCUGGACUUCAUAGUGGUCAGUGGGGCGCUGGUGGCUUUUGCAUUUUCGAGCUUCAUGGGAUCGCAACAAGGUGUUACCAGGGGGACCAAAGGAAAAGACAUCAGCACCAUCAAGUCACUGAGAGUUCUCCGAGUGCUCAGGCCUCUCAAGACCAUCAAACGUCUGCCGAAACUCAAGGCGGUGUUCGACUGUGUAGUCAAUUCUUUGAAGAACGUGCUGAACAUCCUCAUUGUUUACAUCCUCUUCAUGUUCAUCUUUGCCGUCAUCGCAGUUCAACUGUUCAAAGGGAAAUUCUUCUUCUGCACAGACGAGUCCAAGGGCCUGGAGAAAGACUGCAAAGGACAGUUCCUGGACUAUGACACAGAGGAGGUGGUGGCGAUGCCCAGGGAGUGGAGGAAGUACGAGUUCCAUUAUGACAAUGUGCUGUGGGCCUUCCUGACCCUCUUCACUGUCUCCACUGGGGAGGGCUGGCCAACUGUCUUGAAGCAUUCUGUGGACGCUACCUUUGAAGACAAGGGCCCCAGUCCAGGCUACAGGAUAGAAAUGUCCAUCUUCUAUGUGGUGUAUUUCGUGGUCUUCCCUUUCUUUUUUGUCAACAUCUUCGUUGCUCUGAUCAUCAUCACCUUCCAGGAGCAGGGAGACAAGGCCAUGUCUGAGUGCAGCUUGGAAAAGAAUGAGAGGGCUUGUAUUGACUUUGCCAUAAAUGCCAAACCUCUGACCCGCUACAUGCCCCAGAACACACAGUCCUUCCAGUACAGGAUGUGGAAGUUUGUGGUCUCACCUCCAUUUGAGUACUCCAUCAUGAUCAUGAUUGCCCUCAACACUGUGGUGCUUAUGAUGAAGUUCCAUGGAGCUCCAGACUUUUAUGAAGCAAUGCUGAAGAACCUCAACAUCGUCUUCACCACUCUCUUUUCUCUGGAGUGUAUCCUCAAGAUCAUUGCUUUUGGUCCAUUGAACUACCUAAAGGAUGCCUGGAACGUGUUUGACUUUGUCACAGUGUUGGGCAGCAUCACUGACAUCCUGGUGACUGAAAUCAAUACUACGGACAGGCUGCUGAACCUGAGCUUCCUGAGGCUGUUCAGAGCGGCCCGGCUCAUCAAGCUGCUGAGACAGGGCUACACCAUCCGCAUCCUGCUCUGGACCUUUGUCCAGUCCUUCAAGGCCCUGCCUUAUGUUUGCCUUCUGAUUGCUAUGCUGUUCUUCAUCUAUGCCAUCAUUGGGAUGCAGGUGUUUGGCAACAUUGCGAUGAAUGAGGACACAGCCAUUAAUCACCACAACAACUUUCGCACUUUUCUCCAAGCUCUCAUGCUGCUGUUCAGGAGUGCAACUGGUGAGGCCUGGCACGAGAUCAUGUUGUCAUGUCUGAGUCACCGAGUCUGUGACGAGCGAUCCGGCUCCCAGGGGAAAGAGUGCGGCAGUGAUUUUGCUUACUUCUACUUUGUCUCCUUCAUCUUUCUCUGCUCCUUCCUGAUGCUGAACCUGUUUGUGGCUGUGAUAAUGGAUAACUUUGAGUACCUAACCAGAGACUCCUCCAUCCUGGGGCCUCAUCACCUCGAUGAGUUCAUCCGGGUGUGGGCCGAGUACGACCCGGCUGCAUGUGGCCGUAUCAAGUACCUCGAUAUGUAUCAGAUGCUGCUCCACAUGUCCCCGCCGUUAGGUUUGGGAAAGAAAUGUCCGCCAAGAGUCGCCUACAAGCGCCUUGUCAAAAUGAACAUGCCCAUCGCCGAGGACAACAGCGUCCACUUCACCUCCACCCUGAUGGCCCUCAUCCGCACUGCCCUGGAGAUCAAACUGGCCUCAGGCAUGGUAGCCCAGCGACUCUCUGACGCUGAGUUAAAGAAGGAGCUGUCCACAGUGUGGCCCAGCCUCUCUCAGAAGACCAUGGAUCUGCUGGUAACCCCACACACAGCCAAUGAGCUGACGGUGGGGAAGGUGUAUGCGGCCCUGAUGAUCUUUGACUACUACAAGCAGAACCGAGCGCGGAGGCUGCGGCUGCAGCAGCAACAGGGCGCUUCAGGCUCCCAGUGCAAGGUCGGGGCUCUGUUUAAGCCAUUGCUGCCUCUGACUCACAUGCAGGAGAAAGAUCUGCCUAUGAUGCCUCCCAGCAUGCUUCAGCCCAAAUCCAAGUCCCAGCUACAGACCAGACCUAGCUCCAACUCCCUGAACAACGGAGGCACGCUGCCAGGACAUGAGCACAGCAUAAAGGCAUCAUCCUCCUGGGUGAUGAAAAAGCCAAAGGAAGCGUCCGGAGCUAAGACUAAGAGGACCAUGUCUCGCGGCCCCUCAGAGGACACACCGGCCCCUCCCCUCAUUCAGGAGUCUGUGGAGAUGAGGAAGAUGGAGACCAGUGCCAGCAGUACCCUCCCAGUGCCUGGCUCCGGUCUGGAGACCCAGGCCCGAGCUGCCUCCAUGCCUCGACUCAACGCUGAGCUGCAGCGGAGCCACUCACGCCACUCUCCAGGGAUCCAACUGGCUUCUGUCCCUGAUGCCAGCCCUAUGAAGCGCUCCGCCUCCACUGUGGCCCCACAGCGGCCCCAGGAGGUCAACCUGAGGGACUACACCCUGGAAAAACCCAGCCAGGACCGGGUCCACCACCACCACCACUGCCACCACCGCAGAGACAGGGACAGAGACAAAGACAGAGAGAGGAGACAGAGGUCUCUGGAUGUCCCUCUGGGGGGACAGCCCCCCGGCUCUGCUGGGGCGGCAGGAGAGCAGGAGUCUGACCCGGCGCCCCCCAGGGAGCGAGCCCCCGAGCGCGGCCGCUCCCAUGACAGGAAGCACCACUCCUCCCCCGACAAGCAGCGUUACUACUCCUGCGACCGCUACUGCAGCCGGGAACACUGCCACACCAAAUCUGCAACCGCCAGCUGUGCCGCCUCCCCCAGCGAGGGGCAGGACACCAGCAACAAGCAGGGCAGUGGUUGGAAUAAAGGCGACCCAGUGGCACUGAGUUCCAGUUCUAGAACGUCAAGCCGUGGACGCCGGCUUCUCCCUCAAACCCCCCUCACCACGCGGCCCGGGGUGGCUUAUAAGACUGCCGCCUCCUCUCCUGUGCACUUUGUGUCCGGCCGGCUGAGCCGCGACCUGUCGGAGCACAACGCCCUGCGGCACAGCGGCUCCCCCCACCUCCCCUGUCCCGUCACUCGCAUCAACUCUGAGCCCUUCCUUGGCGGGGGCCACAGCAAGGCCCCCGACAGCCUCUAUGGCAGCCUUCGGGACCAGCUGGACGUUUUUCAGGAUACGGUGUCACGGUCGCCCAGCCCCCGUGCCGGACGCUCAUCUCGGACCGCACUUCCUCACAUGAUAGGAGACGUAUUUCCCGCUCAGCAGGAGAACCUCGGGGUGCCCAACGGGUUCCACUUCAGCUCCGGGGGCAGCAGCAGCCCUGGCUCUGGGGUCCCCAGGUAUUACCAGGAGGCAGAGGAGGACGAAUGGUGCUAGCAUGGCUUUAACCCAACCUUCUUAAUGCAUCUUUGAGGAUUUGUGAUGAGUUUUAUCAUCUUCUUUUCUUUGAAGGUUUCAGUUUACAUUGUCGAUGUGUGUGUUCAAUGCUGUGUUUUAAUCCUAACUUGGAGAGCAAAGGGUAGGGAGAACAUCUAAACAGGGAGAAAGCUUGGAAUAUUCUAAUGUGAACAAAAAAAGUGUAAUCUUUACGAAAAGACACAAAGCAUUAUGAAAGAGUAGGCUGUAUAUUGGAUGUCUUACAGCAGCUGUCCUUUACUUUGACUUCAGUAUUUUGUUGACACCAAAAUAUUGACCCUCAAACAGCAUAAGAUAAACACAGACUGUACAACGGUGAAUUCUUCAGACGUUGGAAAACAGACCGGAGGAUUGAAAUAAAUGUUUGUUUGGUGUUAACUACCAGAUCUGCUGAUCACAUUCAUUAUGUGCUCUGUAUCCCAGGCAAACCAAAGUGGUGAUAACUGAACAGCAAAGAGAGGUGCCUCAAUUUUACAUACAACAAUUUUCAAAAACCUAAAACUGCAUUAUUUGUUUUUCCCCCUCCAAUUCGGGGGUAGCACAACAACCUGUGAAUACAACAUAGACAUAUUAUUACGUUUUUAUAAAGUUUAAAAAGCUUAAGGCGCAGAGAGCUCCAUGCUAGAUGAGAUUACUGCGGCACAUGACUGUAGUCAGAUCACUGCUGACACAAAUGGUCUUAGAACAUGUGGCAGCACCGCUUCACUCUGUGCACCACAAACAUCAUCAUGGAAGAGACACAUGCAAAAAUAACCUUUGCAUUAUAAUAUGAACAUGGCUCACCAACUCUAUCGGCAGGUUAGAACUUCACCUCCUCAAACUUCAAAAUGACAGCCAAUAGCACAACACAACAUGUAACAGGCAUUAAGCUAAAGUAGAGUUCCUUAUUGAUUCUAGCUGUAGCAGCAGGUUUUAAAGCGUUUGAGAGUUAAUAUGGGGGUUUCAGCUUAAAGAAAUGGAACUGCAAGUCAUGGAAACAGGACAGAAUGAUCAAUAGUUACUCAACUACUGAUCAUUGACUACUGACUACUACUGACUUGAAUGAAAGCAUGAUAGUGUAGGAACAGCUGUGUUGGUCUUUAGUUUAGAACUCUACCAUUCCAUGAUGAUGCCUAUUCCUUUAUGACAUUCCUUUUGUGUCAGUGGAACAGACAGGUGCUGUCGUACAGGCAGCGCUGAUUGUUUUGUCUGUCAAAGAGAGAAGCAACGCUUCAGUACAGGACUGACAAUUUGUUUUAUAUAAAAAUGUCCUAGAUUUGAUUUGAUUUCUUUUUCAUUGUGGACAUUUUUUAUAUUACAUGAAAAAUACAAAGGUGUGGUUUAUGUGAACUGCUUACGGUUUGCCAUUGUUUCAGGUCAAAUGUUUCUUACAAACAUUAUUUGCGAUGUUUUAAGACAAAGUGCCUAUCCUUCUAGAUAUACUGUAAAAAAAAAGAUGCAAUGUCAACUGUUUUCAAAUGCAUCCUCACUUGAGUAGGUGUUUUGUGCAUUCCUUAUGUAGCAGUGCAGGAAAACAUGUUGUACAGAAAGCCUUAUCUGCAAGACGAGAACUCUACCUACUGUGUGCUUCAAAGGCAGGAAUGGAAAAAUUACCUGAUGAAAGAAGAUUGUUUUUCUUGUUUUUGAUAAAUCACAAAAUCUUGCUUCUGAGGAGGAAUUAGAGCAGGGCCGGCCCGUAGCACUGGCAUUAUAGAUGUUCGCCUAGGGCGCCAGAUCUGGGGAGGCGCUGCGCUGGUAGCUCUGGAAGUGAAAAAAACAUUUUUGACCGAUGGUGCUCAUCCUAAUUUUCGGCCUUGAUGUAAUAAUAUUCAUAAUUAAGUAAAUGUAACACCCUUUUCACCCCGGUUACACUUUUCAUUUGCCCUUUACGAUGAAGUGAUGAAAAUGGGGGAUUAUCAGGUGCCCGCAGCUCACAGCCAAAGUGCGAGUGAGCGUGGGAUCGAGCGAGGGAGAGAGGGAGAGAGGGAGGGUGCACCGGUACCGGCGCUGUUGUUAUUAGAAUCUGGUGCUAGCUGCCAGAUAAAAUCUCACCUAGGGCAGCACAUUGUCUAGAGCCUGCCCUGAGUUAGAGUCAGCUUUGUGAAAACAUUAUGCGUGCAUUCAACACUUUAAACUUCAUUGUAACGUGCCAGUAACGCACUAUGCAUGUUCAGAUGAAAGGCCUGGGUCUUGGUGAGCAUGGUGUGCUAGCUAGCUGCUUCACUGGACUGAAGAGUGUGUGGGUUAGCUGAGUGUGUGGGUCAGCUGGGUGUGUGGCCCCCAAAGAGCCCGCUUCAGUGACUCAACGCACACUUCUUAAAGUGUGCGUUGUGAUUCAGACCCAGAGUAGCAAAGGGUGAUCUCUUUACUGCUAUUUGAUUCAAGUUGGGUCCUGUGUGUGUGUGUGUGUGUGUGUGUGUGUGUGUGUGUGUGUGUGUGUGUGUGUGUGUGUGUGUGUGUGUGUGUGUGUGUGUGUGUGUGUGUGUGUGUGUGUGUGUGUGUUAAAAUAGUUAAUCUCUGAUUGAUGCAAUUUUACUGGCGAUCCUGUGUGUCGUGUUUUUGUCUUUUUCCAUACUUGUGGAUUACGUGCAAAACAUGUAUGUUGUGAUGGGCUAUCAAGAUAUUGCAAGCAUGUGUUGACAUCAGUCUUUGGUGUCAGUAUGGAAAAGGUGUUCUCCUCUAGCUGCCAGUUCGUAACGUUCCCAGGUACCAUCAAAGAGAGUGACUAGUAGAAGAAAACAAACCAUUAUACAUUAGCAACAUUAGCUUCGUCCCAAUUCCAUACUGCAUACGAAGGCAGAUGGUAUGUGUUGGUAUAUUCACAGAAAGAUAACUUAAAGAUGUGAUAAUGGAAGGAAAUGUGCUUGACUUUUUGGUGUGCUAAUGGACAAUACUUUGCACACGAUGGCACUUAAGGUGCACAUAAUUACAAAAAGCUGUUGUCUUGGCCUCUGCAUAUAAUAUCAAUCAACUUUCUUAAAAAAAAAUGAACUUUAUCUUAUUUUACAGUAUGACAAUUUAGAAGCAAAUUAUGACUGUGUUCAGAGAUGAUGCCUAAAGAAGCAAAAUGAGGUACAUUGGUAAAGAGGUGUUUAAUUGUAGCUUAAGCAUAUAAUCAUUUCCUAACAGAGAAAAAUGAUAAAGCACAUCUAUUUAUUAUUAUUAUUAUCUGAAAAAUAAUAUAGGGCUGGAUACUGAUUUGUGAAGUUAGGACUAGUUAAAUGUAAUUGUAAAAAAUGGUAUAAGGGCCAGGCAUAAAGAAAACUGAGUUGAAUUGAAUUCAUAUUUUAAUGUGUCGGAAUGUCAAGAAUAAAGUUAAAAUGUCAGACUAAAGGAAACAAAUACAACCAUUGUUUUUGUUUUUUACAUUUUGAGAAUAAAGUCAAGAAAUUGAAAAUGAAGUUGACAUUUGAAGAUCAAAGUUGAACCUUUGGGAAUAAAUUAUAUCCUGAAAGUUUGACAUUAUUAUAGAAUUGAGAAUCGCACAAUUCUGAAAAUUGUAACUUGAUUCUUGCAACAAAAAACAAAAAAAUGGUGCAUGUAAUUGUUUUUCCCCUUUUGCCUGGCCCUAAUAGUCUUCCGUAUAUGUAUGACGUACUUAACAGGACAUGUUGCAGGGUAGGCCUCAGUAUCUGGCUCUCUGGUGGACAAACUGUUGUUUGAGGGAGCCUUUGAGUGGUCCUACUGGCAGACCUGCUACCCAAUGAUCUCUGCUUCCACUUUGAAGAUAAAUACUUGUAAAUUGAACCUCUGCAGCAGCUGAUUGGUUUGUUGAGAAACACUGAGCAGGUAUGAGGAGAGAGCUGUUGAAGCACAGUAACACACUCCAGGGCCCGUCACACCUGAAGACAGGAGAGUGCCCCUCUCCUGUCUUCAGAAUGGGCUAUGCAACAAGAGAAACCCAUUCCCAUCCUUUCUGUAGCUUUACAUGCUGUCUCUUCAGAUCCAGGCUUCAGCAUGAUAUUGACCAAAUGUUUUGUAGAAAAUGCUAUGAAAAAAAAAUGCAAACAACGAGGACUUAAAAUGAAUAAAGGCACACAAUGUAAACAAGGAACAGAUAAAAUAUUGAGGAUUUCAACAACUUUAUACAUAUAUUUGCAUGCAUAACAUGUACGACAACAUCAAAGGGAAAUGUCAUUGCUCGGAAUGGGAGGGAGUGUGUCCUUUUAGAUCACAAUAAAAGUUUUUUUUAUGAACUGUGAUCCCUUCAAAGUGAUUCAUUUAUUUGAAAGAAAACAUUGUUUUCACGUAGACAUAUUCUUACAGAAAAGCUGUGAGGCAAGUGAGAAAAAAAAGGCAUUAUCUCAGUCUUGAUCCAAGCUGUUUUCUCUCCUGUGUUUUUUACUUCACAACAUGAGUUGUUUUUUUUCAUCUUGGAGAACAGGUGGAAAAAGAUGAAUGUGUUUGUCAUUAAAAUAUUCCUUCCAGCAACAGCAGGCUGAUGUGCACCAUCAUCUGAAUAGGACUAUAAUCAUUCAUCUUUUCUCACAUGCACUCUCAACACAAUAUAUCGUUUGUCACCAAGACAUGACAGUAAUGUUACAUAACUUGCUAACAUGAAACAACCCUGUCUCCUAAAAAUUACGUUCCCACAGAACUAAACUGCAUUCUGAAUUACGUUUAGCUUGAAACGUAUU